AGGAUGUCAGAGCCGAUUCCUCUGCUUCUGUCCUGGUCGUGCUGUCAUCGCGCUGUAGUGCCUCACCUUCGUUUCAAUACACAGUGCUUUUCCUCUCCACUGUCUCCUCUCUCUCUUAAUUCUGCGGAGUAUCCGAGUGAUACGAGCUAGAGAUUUUGCACCCGAAUUUCGGAUUGCUCUGCUCUGUUGCUUGCUUGGUGAAGCUUUCGUUGCAGUCAGUUCCAUGGAGGAUCGUAAGGAGGUGCAAAUUUGAUGAACAUAUAUAUAGAACUAAUACAAGUUUGAGGAAUAAAACUGCCUGUGAACUUUAUAUGAAGGGCAAUGGUCCAUGGCUAUCAGUGCCGCAGUUUGGGGAUUGGGACAUGAAGGGAGAGGUCCCUGACUACUCUCUCGACUUCACGAAAAUAAGGGAAAUGAGGAAGCAGAACAAGAGGGAUGUCUCCAGAGCCAGUAUCGGAAAUGAGGAAGAGCUGAUCACUCCAAAUGCUGCUAAAUCAAACACGGCCACCAUCCACAGGGACCACCAUGACGAUUACCAACAGAGCCACCACCACACCCACUCACCCACGGCAAGGAGAAGCAUCUUCAGCUACUUCAACUGUUGCGUGAAAGCCUGAGAGGUUUGAGGCAUAUGGAGCCAUCCGAAUAUCUCGGUCUUCUCUGGAUGAUCGUGAAGCUGCUACAAAACGUAUGAUUGGAUUAUAGAUUGUAAUGGUAGAUUAUUGUGUUUGCUGUCAGUGAAGGAAGAGAACCCGGAAUAUAGAUCGGGACGACCAAUGAAGCUUGUGAAGAGACGGACUGUCUCCGAGAAGCCCGAGUUUCGGAUCUUCCUCCAUAACCUCGCUUAAUGUACGAUUUUUUGAAGGCUCUUCUUUCUCGUUGAUCUCAGUGGAAAAUGUGUGGCCGUGUCCUUUUAUUGUUGCUGAAAUCAGAUUCCAAUUUCCAAUC